GGCCAUGUUUCAUUGCAAAUCUCAGAAAGUGACGACAUGGGAUGGUCUUUCUUUCAAUCGCCUAUUCAAAUCCAACUUAUAAGUUUUGAUAAAUUAAAUCAGGAUUUUUUGUUUUCUCUCUUAUUUUCCCCUGUAUUAAAUUUAUUAUUUAAAAAAAGAUGGCUCCUGUAAAGAAUAUCUGUUGUAUCGGUGCUGGUUAUGUUGGUGGUCCCACAUGUGCUGUCAUUGCCUACAAGUGUCACGAUAUCAAGGUAACCAUUUGUGACAUCAAUGCCAACCGUAUCGAUGCUUGGAUGUCAGACAAGCUUCCCAUCUAUGAACCCGGAUUAGAUGAGAUCGUCUUCUCUCGUCGUGGCAAGAACCUGUUCUUUUCAACCAAUGUUGAUAAACAUAUUCAGGAAGCAGAUCUUAUCUUUGUCUCCGUCAACACUCCCACUAAAAAACAAGGUCUGGGCGCAGGCAUGGCCGCUGAUCUGGCCUAUGUAGAAGCUGCCACUCGUCGCAUUGCACAAGUAUCCACUUCCUCUAAAAUCGUUGUUGAAAAAUCAACCGUCCCUUGCCGUACUGCCGAAAGCAUGCGUGCUAUCCUCGAGGCUAAUUGUACUCCCCAUGUCUCCUUCGAUAUCCUUUCUAACCCCGAAUUCUUGGCGGAGGGCACGGCCGUAGCCGAUCUUUUAAACCCUGAUCGUGUCUUGAUUGGUAGUCUUCAGACUGAAUCUGGUAAAAUCGCUCAGGCCGCUCUCGCUGAUGUCUAUGCUCAUUGGAUCCCUCGUGAAAAUAUCAUUACAACCAACCUCUGGUCUUCUGAGCUUUCAAAACUCGCUGCAAAUGCUUUGUUGGCUCAACGUAUUUCCUCCAUCAAUGCUUUAUCAGCUGUAUGUGAAGCCACAGGUGCUGAUGUAGAUGAAGUCGCCUAUGCCUGUGGUCGUGACUCACGUAUCGGUUCCAAAUUUCUCAAGGCAUCCGUCGGUUUUGGUGGCUCCUGUUUCCAAAAGGAUAUCCUAAACCUGGUCUAUCUCUCUACCCAACUCAACUUGCCCGAAGUCGCUGACUAUUGGAUGCAAGUCUAUACCAUGAAUGAAUACCAAAAGAACCGCUUCGUUCGCACCAUCAUCAACACAUUGUUCAAUACCAUUACAGGGAAAAAAAUUGCUGUGCUGGGUUUUGCCUUUAAAAAGGAUACAGGCGAUACUCGUGAAUCCGCUGCCAUCACACUUAUCAAGAGCUUCUUGCAAGAAAAUGCACGUGUCGCCAUCUAUGACCCCAAAGUAGAAAAGGAACAAAUCUAUCUCGAUCUGUCCGAACCUGGUGUCCUGGAUAAUCGUCAGCAGGUCGAAAGGGGUGUUCAAAUCUGUGCAAGUGCCUAUGAAGCCGCUAAAGACGCUGAUGCCUUGGUCAUCGUCACCGAAUGGGAUGAGUUCCGUCACUUGGAUUAUAGCCGUAUCUACAAGGAUAUGCAUAAACCUGCUUUUGUCUUUGAUGGUCGACUCAUGUUGGAUGCACCCGCAUUAAGAAACAUGGGCUUUAAAGUUCACGUUAUCGGUAAAAACUCGCUUGAAGGCAGAGCCUAACCCCCCCCCUCCUUAUUUUUUACUUCUAUCUUUUUUUUUUGCAAUAAUAAAUUCCCCCAUCUGUACACACUUUUUUUUAAAAAAAUUC